GAGAGAGAGAGAGAGAGAGAGAGAGAGAAGGGGGAGUGAGACCAUUCAAGCAGGGAUAAUUAGAGGAGUGGGUCACUAUUGGAAGAUAGCAUCCGACGAAGGCAGGGGGAAACGAAUCAAAGGCGCAUAACAAUAUCAGAGGAGGGAGAACAAGGGGCUCGAAAAAACCGACCGUCAUCCAGCUCAGCCGGAUGUAAGGAGCAGUUCUCCGGAGUCCGAGCGGAGCCUGUGUGGACCGUAAAAUCCAGGAGCGAUGUUCCAGCAGCGCGUCUCUCUGCAGUGAUUUCAAGUGGGAGUCUUCUUUAUUUAGCUUUUGAAUUAUUACUAUAAUUUUUUUUUCAGUGGAGGAGAGCGCUCGCUGGAGAGAUCAGGUCUGCGCACGGAGAGGAAACAGGGAAAGGGGUUCGGUCUCUCAAGCCAACUGUGACGCCAUCAUGGGCCUCUUGUGGUUCUCCGGGCUCAUCCUCAUCAUCCUGGCCCUCAUCUCUCAGCUGUCCCUGGCUUGUCCGUCCGGCUGUCGCUGCUACAGCCUCACAGUCGAAUGCGGAUCCCUCGGGAUCAAAGAAAUCCCGCAGGGCGUCCCGUCUGUCACCGAGACCAUCUUCCUCCAGGACAACGGCAUCGUGCAGAUCCGUCUGCAGGACCUGACUCGCCUGGGCAGCCUUCAUUAUCUGUACCUCCAGAACAACAGCAUCUCGGCGCUGGAGCCCGGAGCGUUCCUCAGCCAGGGUCAGCUGCUGGAGCUGGCCCUCAACGGUAACCUCAUCCACCUGGUGACACCUGACAUGUUCCGAGGUCUGGAGCACCUCCGCAUCCUCUACCUCGCUGGCAACCAGAUCACUCGUGUGCAGGAUCACACCUUCAGAGGACUGCAGCGUCUACAGGAGCUCCACCUGCAGGAAAACAGCAUAGAGCUGCUGGCGGAGCAAGCUCUGUCCGGUUUGUCAUCACUGGCCCUGCUAGACCUCAGCAGGAAUCAUCUCCGAACCCUCGGAUCUUCGUCCCUCAAACCGCUAGUCAGCCUGCAGGUGCUCCGAGUCACAGAGAACCCAUGGCGCUGUGAUUGUGCUCUCGGCUGGCUGAGAACUUGGAUCAGCAAAGAUGGACAGCGUCUGUUGAGUUCUGCAGAGCAGCGCCGGCUGAUGUGCUCAGAACCUCCUCGACUCUCCCACCUCAGCCUGGUGGAGGUGGCUCCCAACAGUCUGGUCUGCAUCCCUCCCGUGGUGCAACUCGAGCCCAGCCACCUGACCGUGAGACUUGGAGAAAGCCUCCGAGUCUCCUGCCAGGCCUCAGGAUACCCUCAGCCUCAGGUGACUUGGAAGAAAGCCUCCCAUGGUAAGGCCCAGUUGUCACCUCGUGGCCUGGUUCAAGAGCUGGGACCCAACGGGGAGCUGUUCAGGCCCGGGGCUCCAGGAGUGGUGACAGCGCUGCCCAGCGGUGGAGGCAUCAAGGUGGGAGGUGUUGGAGGAAUCCAAGGACUUGUACGUGGGACCGAGGAGGGCGGUGAGAGGGACAGUUUUGAUCCAGACAUGGGCAGUGGCAUGUUGUUCCUCAGCAAUGUGACUGUAGCACAUGCUGGGCGCUACGAGUGCGAGGCCUGGAACCCUGGCGGUGUUGCUCGGGUUACUUUUCACCUAGCUGUCAACAUGUCUUCUUCCUCAUAUUCAUCCCAGUUCUGGCCUCGAUUGAACACACACUCCUAUGUUUCGUCUUCGUCUAACUCUUUCUACCAGCCGGAGGUUCUGGAUGUUAGCCAGGAGCCUCUGUAUGAGCAGGACAGUAUGGACUUCAAUGCCUUGGGUCCUGCCACACAGACCGCUAUAGCUGUUGGCAUCUCUUUGCUGGCACUCACUGCUGUUCUCCUCUUGAUUAUGAUCUACACCCGCCAUCAGCAGUACCAGAAAGAGGACAAUGGCUCCUACUGCACCAGCAAGGAAGAGAGCAUCCUCUAUGUGAACGACUACUCUGAUGGACCCACCACUUUUGCGCAACUGGAGGAGUACCGUGACGACCACGGCCACGAGAUGUACGUGCUCAACCGGGCCAAGCCUGUCCUGGGCUCCGCUUCUUCCAGGUGCCCCAUGAUGAGUGGGUUUGUCCAGCAGAAGGGCAUGAAGGAGGCUCUGCUGGAGCAUGAAAUGGUGCAAACACUGACAAGAUCAGGGGGGAUGGGGCUUCGCAGAAACCCUGCAGACGGAGGAGAAGGACCCCUAACAACAGACCCAGAAGAGCUCUUCCUCAGUCAGAGUCUCCUCUUUGGAUCACAGGUUGCCUACGAGAUCCACUGCUAAGGAGUUUUUAUUGUGUUCUGACAUGACACAAUAUGAUGAUGGACUAAAGACAUUACAGGAAAUCACCUUGGUGCAGUGAUUUGAAGCAUCAGAUUAUUAUCUGGCCUUCAAAAGAGAGAAGAGUGUCGGUUAGUGGCUGCUGGGGAAAACUGGAUCGCAACUGGCCUCCCGGAGAUUCUCUUCUGAUUGAUUGUACGGCAUUAGGAUGGAUGAACUGUGGAAAUUAAAGGGAGAAUAGCAAAUGAACCACACACUUCUGUCUCCAAAUCAGCCCUUUAAAAAUAAUCAUAAAUGUUGAACCGUAUCCGCGGCGGUUAGUAUGACAGUUAAAACUAAAUCCUGACAAAAGAGGCUAGGGAUUCAUAUUUUGUACUAAUUCCUUUCUUUCUGUUUUAUUCUCUGUGUUUUGUCUGUGUUCUGUGUAAAUAUGAUGGAGCUAAUUUUCACUGUGAAGUACAGUUGUUUUGUGGACCUUGUUGCAGAUCCCAUUAGAAUUAGACCUAAAGCAAUCCUCUUACUGAAACUGUAUCAUCAUUACCCAUAUGUCUCAGUGGGCAUGAGUGGGUGGAUUUGUUUAAAGAGGUUCAUUCUGAAUGCAAAAGCAAAUCUUUUUUUUUCUCUCUGUUUGUACCAUAGCAUUGUAUUCCUUGAUGUAACACGUCAUGUUUUUUCGAUCUGUUUAUUGCAGCACUAUAACAAGGAAUUAACAUUUCUAAUGUCAGAAGUAAACCUUUGGGUGGCCUCACUCGAUUAACCUCUGUGUUUAACAACCAUUCUAAUGUGAAUAUUGUACAUUUUGUCUUUGGUUUCUACAUAAUAAAAUGUAUUUUAAAUGA